AUGCCUCAAGUGGCCGUGGACCAGCUGCUGACCGUCCACCUCUCCAGAUACGACUAUCUCUUCAAGCUGCUCCUCAUCGGUGAUUCCGGUGUCGGCAAGUCUUGCUUGCUGCUGCGUUUCGCCGAUGAUACCUACACUGAGUCCUACAUCUCCACGAUCGGUGUCGACUUCAAAAUCCGAACGAUAGAGCUCGACGGCAAGACGGUCAAGCUGCAGAUCUGGGACACCGCCGGUCAAGAGCGAUUCCGAACCAUCACCUCGUCUUACUACCGCGGUGCCCACGGCAUCUGCGUCGUCUACGAUGUCACCGACAUGGACUCGUUUAACAACGUGAAGCAGUGGCUCCAGGAGAUCGAUCGGUACGCCACCGAGGGCGUCAACAAGCUGCUCGUGGGCAACAAGAGCGAUAUGUCCGACAAGAAGGUUGUUGAGUACACGGUUGCCAAGGAAUUCGCCGACAGCCUGGGCAUUCCCUUCCUGGAGACCUCGGCCAAGAACGCGAGCAACGUUGAGCAGGCUUUCCUCACCAUGGCCCGCCAGAUCAAGGAGCGGAUGGGCACGACGACUGCCAACAACACCAAGCCGAGCGUGCAAGUCGGCCAGGGCCAGGGCGUCGGCUCUUCGUCCAACAACAGCUGCUGCUAA